AGCGAUUAGAGUUAAUUUUGUUACCGGGAAGAGAUCUGUGAGCAGUAAAAUGGAAGAAAGGAUGAAGAGAAUGAAGAGAAUAACAGACGAAGCGUUCGCUUCUUUUCAAUCAUUGCCGCUUGCUUCUUCGCGCGGUGACUCGCGAUUAGCCUUGAGCAAAUAAUUAUCAAGAGCAUGUUGGUAGCAUAUGCACUAUAGGAAGAAGUUCUAUGUACAGAUAUAACUGCAUUGACAUUUUUGAUGUGCCAUGUAUUUCGGCGAUUAUGUUGUUGCUAGCGUUGGAGUAGGUGCCUCACAGAAAUUGCCGAUGAAUGAUGCUCUUACAUACAUCAAAGAAGUGGAGGACGCAUUUCAAGACCAAAGAGAAAAGUAUAAUAUGUUUCUUGAGAUCUUGAAGGAUUUCCCCUUCAAGCCUCAAAGAACUGACAUGGUAGGUGUCAUUGCAAGAGUAAGGGAAUUGUUUAAAGGGCAUACCAAGUUACUUUUGGGGUUUAAUACCUUCUUGCCAAAGGGUUUUGAGAUAACUCUUGAGGAAGUGGAACCAAUAAAGACAGCUUCACAGAAAUUGUCGAUGAAUGAUGCUCGUACAUACAUCAAAGAAGUGGAGGACACGUUCCAAAACCAAAGAGAGAAGUAUAAUAUGUUUCUUGAGGUCUUGAAGGAUUUCCUCUUGAAGCCUCAAAGAAAUGACUUGGUAGGUGUCAUUGCAAGAGUAAGGGAAUUGUUUAAAGGGCAUACCAAGUUACUUUUGGGGUUUAAUACCUUCUUGCCAAAGGGUUUUGAGAUAACUCUUGAGGAAGUGGAACCAAUAAAGACAGCUUCACAGAAAUUGUCGAUGAAUGAUGCUCGUACAUACAUCAAAGAAGUGGAGGACACGUUUCAAGACCAAAGAGAAAAGUAUAAUAUGUUUCUUGAGGUCUUGAAGGAUUUCCUUUUGAAGCCUGAAAGAAAUGACAUGGUAGGUGUCAUUGCAAGAGUAAUGGAAUUGUUUAAAGGGCAUACCAAGUUACUUUUGGGGUUUAAUACCUUCUUGCCAAAGGGUUUGGAGAUAAUUGUUCGGAAAGUGGAACCAAUAAGGACAGUUAAGUCCGGACAAGCUAUCAGUUUUUUAAACAAGAUGAAGAAACGUUUCCAAAAUGAUGAGCGGGUAUACAAGUCAUUCGUCAACAUAGUGAAUAUGUAUGUAAAGGAGCACAAGGACGUAAAUGAGGUUUACCAGGAGGUUGCUUCUCUAUUUGAUGACCAACCAGAUUUGCUGGAUGAGUUCACUGGAUUUUUACCACCAGAUAUGUCAGCAACAACUUCAACUAAUCAGGGGCAAUAUGGUUGCAUUGCAUAUCUCUGUUUUAAUAAGCAGAGCUCUGCUAUACCCACUCCAAUGCCUAUUGGCACGCAACAUAGGCUGGAUAAGAUUACUUCUCAUGGUGAUCAUGAUAUUAGUGUUGAUCGUCCUGAGCUGGAUGAUGACAACGGAAUGAUGAAAGUACUGAAGGAGCAGAGAAAGCGUUUUUCUGAGAUGGAGAAUAGGGAUAGGAGAAAUCAUGACCAUGAAGAUAGAGAACUGGAGACUGAUAACAACAGAGACUACAACUUGCAGCGUUUUCCAGAGAAAAUAAAAUCUUCCAGGAAUGUUGAAGGUUUUGGAUUGAAUGCUAACUUUACUCCUAAUGAUGACAAAGACACCUUGAAGAGCAAGUACAGCCAGGAAUUCGGUUUCUGUGAGAAAGUUAAUGAGCGUUUGUGCAGCCAAGAUGACUACCAGGAAUUUUUGAAGUGCCUCCGCAGUUAUAGCAAUGGGAUUAUUACAAGGAAUGAUUUACAAAAUUUGGUGACUGAUUUAUUGGGAAAAUAUCCAGAUCUUAUGGAGGAAUUUAAUGAUUCCUUGGAGCGCUGUGAGAAUAUUGAAUCUCUGAGUAGUGAUGGUCAUGUAUUGCGAUCAGUGAAGGACAAAGAGCCAAAGCGUAAAAUGGAGGGAGUGAAAGAAAAGGAAAGAUACAGGGGGAAGUAUUGGACAAAAUCUAUUCAAGAGCUUGACCUCUCUAACUGUGAACGUAGUACUCCAAGCUAUCGCCUUCUUCCGGAAGAUUAUCCAAUACCCUCAGCAAGCCUGAGAUCAGAACUUGCUGCUCAGGUUUUGAAUGACCAUUGGGUAUCUGUGAAAUCAGGUCUUCCAGAAGAUUAUCCAAUACCUUCAGAAAGCCAGAGAUCAGAAGUUGCUGCUCAGGUCUUGAAUGACCAUUGGGUAUCUGUGACUUCAAGAAGUGAAGAUAACUCUGUUAAACAUAAGCGCAGAAAUCAGUAUGAAGAAAGUCUUUGCCGUUGUGAAGAUGAUAGGUUUGAGCUAGAUAUGCUGUUGGAGUCAAUGAGCUCAACUUCUAAGCGAGCAGAGGAACUGUCGAACAGCAUGAAUGAAAAUAAACUCAGUAUGGAAACUCAAAUUCAUAUUGAAGACCACUUUACUGCUCAAAACUUGAGGUGCAUUGAACGUUUAUAUGGUGACCAUGGUCUUAAUGUGGUGGACAUACUGCGGAAAAGUCCAACGACCGCUCUGCCUGUCAUAUUAACCCGCCUGAAACAGAAACAAGAGGAAUGGACAAGGUGUAGAGCGGAUUUCAACAAGGUUUGGGCUGAUAUAUAUGCUAAGAACCAUGACAAAUCACUUGAUCACUGUGCUUGAUUCUCUUAGGUUCAGGCCUUAUUGCUUGUAAAAAACGUUUUGGCCGAGAUAGCCAAGGGACUAGGAACAAACGGGGUCAUUUUUGAUGAGUGACUUGCGCGGGGUGCCAGCACAUGGCCGAGAGGCCAAGUGUGCAAUUGUAGAUGUAGUGUGCGAGCGCGAGCGAUUGAAAGCCGAGGAAGGAACAAAUCCUGGCUAAGGGUUUGAUGCCUUGGGGACAAUGACUUUUGGGUUAUUCAAUGGAUGGGUCACGAAUGGUGAUUGGUAACUGAACAAUUAUGUCAAACUACUCCUUGUGCAAACGAGUAAAAUGUAGAGCUAAAAGGUAAGACAGUAA